AUGUCUAAAUCUAAGAAUCAUACGGCUCAUAACCAAACCAAAAAAGCCCACAGAAACGGUAUCAAGAAGCCAAAGACCUACAAGUACCCAUCUCUAAAGGGUGUCGAUCCAAAGUUCAAGAGAAACCACAAGCACGCCCUACAUGGUACUGCUAAGGCUCUUGCUGCCAAGCGUGCCGCUAAGAACUAA